GGAGCCAGUGGCUCCGGGCUUCCUCGGGAGAUCAAAUCGGAAAGAAGGUGGUAAUCUCUUGCUGUUGUGUGCUCUGGGCAUUUGCCGGACGCGCUGCUGCGCCCCUACUGGCUCCGAAGUUAAAACAGUUUGUCGACCUCUUCCUGGAGACUGUGCUCGGCGCAGCAUUGGGAAUAAUCCUUGUGGGUGUUCUCAUCGACCUUGUCCGAGAGCCAAUCAGCAAGACACUAGGCCCUGAGUAUGCUGGCUGGGAUGGCUACGCUUUUCUUACCCUCGGGAUUCCAGCGAGUCUCAUGUUAGCUUGCCAUUCCCGCGGCUGCAGCAAGCU